GGAGAUCUUGCAAAGAAAAAGAUUUAUCCAACUUUAUGGUAUGUUAAGUUAUGCAUUUAAUUAAGUUGUUGUUGCAAAAUUGUUGCAAAAAAGUCAAUUUAUGAAGGAAAGAACUUGUUUGAAGUACAAGGCUAUGUGUUGUAACAUAACGCUUGUGCAUAACAGUUGGAAAUGCCCACUAUACUAAGGAUAGUAUGAAUAAAUUGUCAUUUGGUGUACCUAAAUAUUUUAUUUUGUUUUGUUGAUAAUAUGAUUUUAAUUCUUAAUUGAAAAUAAUUUCCAUAUAUAUAUAUAUCAAUUGGGAAAUAAAUUCUUUAAAAAAGUGGGAAGAGGAGUUUGUAUAAACAUGCAAAAGUGAAUGACAGUCUAAGUUUCUUCACAAUAAAUUGACCUGUGUUGAAAUGGCAGUGAAUUUUAGUGCAUAAUAAAAUAUUAGUCACAUUUAAAGUUUCUGAUCUGUUGGGUUUUAAACAGUUUUGGUGUCAUCAAGAGCCAUCCUGACUUUGGUCAUCUAAAUGUACAUAAUUAUGUUAAUAAUGUUUAAAGCAUCUGCAUGCGCAUCUCAGUGACUUUUUAGUGCAAGAAGAUCUGAUGAGUCUGUCAUGCACAUAUUUCCUUUUUUUCCUUAUUUAUUUAUUUAUUUUCUUUCAUUCUUUCUUUCCUUUUUUAUUCACCUGCAGGUACUUGUUCAAAGAUGACCUUAUACCUAAAGGCACCAAGAUUAUUGGAUAUGCCCGGUCAGAUUUGACAGUUGAAAAGUUAAGAGCUAAGACGGAGCCUUUUAUGAAGGUAAACCAAUGA